AUGUCUCUGCGGCACAUGAGCAUGGCUGAACCACAAUCUCUGGUAGCAAAGUGUGGUGUUCGUGACCCUACUGCACCCGCCUUUCUGACAUUUGAGGACCCACGAGCGUUUAAAGUGAAGAGUUUCUGGGAGAUCAUCCGAGCCCUUGGAGUCUUUAGGCUUUGCUCAUUCCCUGUACUAGUUAACAACUGUGGUAAGUUAAUGACCUUUACGAAGAUGGUUUUGGGUGAGCGGGCUUUCUCAAUGGUCCUGCGUCCAUCGGUGUAUGCUCAGUUUGUUGCUGGUGAAACCGAAAGAGAGAUAGCAGAGUCCAUGCAAAAGAUGAGCUCUCUGGGGCUCCGCCCCAUGCUGGCCAUUCCUAUCGAAGAGGACCUAGGAGAAAGCACUGGGGAACGUCGAUAUGAAGACAACCUGGUGGCCAUGUUGGAAUGCAUACACAUGUCUCACAGUAAAGGCUGGAGUGAAAAUCCAAUGAUGCAACUGAAGAUUACUGCACUUCUCAGCCCUGAGCUGUGUGUUAAGCUGACCUCUCUGCUAAGGACUGAACGAUAUGAUCUAAACUUGCUUGUCAAAGCCAUGGAAGGAGAGGAAAUCACGUUUUCUGGCCUAUCAGAGAGUGAAAACACACACUUCCUAUGUGGCCUUCAGAGACUUAACAAAAUUGGAGAGGCCAGUGCUAAUAAAGUCCGUGUUCUUGUGGAUGCUGAGUACACUUAUAUAAACCCUGCACUUUCACUCAUUACCAUGGCAAUGAUGAAAAAGUUUAAUCAACAAAGUGCCUGGAUCUGGAACACAUACCAGUGCUAUCUAAAGGAAUCAAGGAAUCUGUUGUGUGAUGCCAUUCAGACAUCCGUUGAUCAGGUGUUCUGUCUUGGCAUUAAACUUGUCAGAGGGGCUUACAUGGACAAAGAAAGAAAUUUAGCUGAGAAAGAGAAGCGUACAGAUCCAAUACAUGAAUCAUGGGAAAAUACAAAUGAAAGUUAUAAUGGAUGUCUGGAGAUUAUGCUUAACCUCAUUUGUGAGAAGCCUGAACACUAUAUGAUUAUUGUUGCCACUCACAAUGAAGAAUCGGUCAGGCGGGCAGUGACACGAAUGCUGGAGUUAGGAAUUGACAAAGACAGUAGCUCUGUCUGUUUUGGUCAGCUGCUUGGAAUGUGUGACCAUGUGUCACUCACUCUUGCUCAACAUGGUUUCUCAGUUUACAAAUCAGUGCCAUACGGAACAGUGGACAACACGCUGCCAUAUCUGGUCCGAAGAGCUCAGGAGAACCGUACUGUCCUCCAGGGCAUCCGUAAGGAAAGAGACCUACUGAGACAAGAGCUCUGCCGCAGAAUUAGGGAAAAGAUCACAGGGGCCAAAAAAAAUACUCAAAAGUAG